AUGUCUUCAUCUAACCCAGGACAUAAUCUACCCGAGAGAGUGCCUACCACAAUGCCCUCCCUUCCGGCUCAGCAGUAUCCACCAACUGCCUGUCAACCGCUUUAUGUCAUUCCACUCACAGUUGGCAACUCCAACCCAAGACCAGACCCCAGUGACUGGAAAAUGCCCCCUGUGAGGAAGCGAGGCAGAAAGUCCAACGUCCCACCGGCACAGCGAGAACAGACUCGAAAGGUGAGUGCUAAGCUUUUGGUUAUUUCCUCUAUCACAUACUUCACAUAA